UUUAACCAAAUACUAUCCACUGAGACAUAUAUAGCAACUAAGGUCUUGGGAAGCUUUUAUUUGGCUAAAAUUACUUUCAGGCGACAGUUGGAAAAGAGGGGAAAAAGGUCGAGUUUGAAUAUAAACAUGAACACUCAGGCACUUGUAUCKAUAYUUUUGGUGUUUUUUGUGCUCAUUGAGGAAGGUCGGGUUCAUGGUGGAGAGGACCGCGUUUAUGRCAGAGAACAACCUGCUCACGACGUUGAAGCUAAAGCACAUAGAAGAAUGGUCUACAAAAAGGGCGAUCAUUUAUUUAACAACAUCGCAAAAGCCUUCACAAAAAUGAUCCGAGACAUAUUCACCGAAACGAAGAUUCAUAGGUUCUGCACAACCCGUGCAGGAGAUCAGUUCAUUGUUGAAGAUACUACUGAUAAAAACAAAGAUGUAACUAAUCUAUUCCCAGUUAUGGCGGACUCCUUCCGGGAAUACACGACGGACAAACUACUUACAACGGAUCGUGACAGUCUGUCUGUUUAUGGACAAGAACACAAUGGACCCGAUGAAAAUGCUAUUCAAUGGAGUGCAAACAUCGAGGACGUCAGAAGAAAUGUCUUCGCGCUAAUUGACAAAUUCGUUCAGGUUGGAAUAGAAGGUCAGCCACGGCCAASAGAAUCACUGGCACUCCAAAAUAACCUUCUAGAAAGAAUUGAUAAAAUCGUCAAUAGACAGGAAUAUGUCGACAAAGAUGCGAUGAAAAUUUUUAUAAAGAAACAACAGAACAUGCCGUUGGUCCGUCAAGUAGAACAGCGUUCUGAGGAUGUACUGAGAGAUCUACCAGACAAGGCCAACCUAUGGGCUUUGGAAGCGAAAAAAUUUAUUAUAAAGAAGUUCAGUGGUAAGAAGUAGCUUCCAAGAGCUGAGCAAAAUAAUCCAAAGCAGAUACAUGUCAUCUCUUGUCUAGACAUUAAUGUUUAUAACUGAUUAAAAUAUCCCCAUGCUAUGCACUGUUAAAUCAAUUUGUAAAUUGCUAUUAGAUAUCCAGAAUAUUUUCAAGUCUUUCAAUUUGCAGCUGCAUACGUUGCUUGAUAUAGUGAGAGGGUCAGCUUAACUUGAUACAUUACAAACGCAGUACAAAUAUAUAGUUCAUAUAUAUUCUCAUACACAUAUAUCUCCUAUCGGGCAGAUGACUUGAAGUCUCAUAUGAGACUUUGUAGCUCAGUGGCAACUCCAAUCCAUCAACUCCAUUUUAUAGAUAUUCAGAAAGUUAAAAUGGUAGGGCGCUACCUUUCGUAUAAGUUCUCUUAAAUUGUAAAGUAGUCCGCCAUUUUGAGAAUACAAAACAAUCUAAAACCGACCUUCGAAAAUCAAGCGACGCGACAGGUUGGCAAUAUAGAUUCAAAAUCACCUAGAGACUAGCACUCAGAAUUAAUUCUGCUUCAAUUCGUGGUCUCCUAGGCUUCUCUCUUGUUCUCUAAUGAUCCGACCGCGUGUUGAGAUCAAAAUAUCUAAAACGGAAUACGGGAAACAGUUUUCUAUUUCUCAAGGAUAUCAGGGUACGCCAAUAUUGCUCUAAACAAACUUAGGUUUUUAGGGUUUUCCAUAUUCUCGAAACUUUUAUCGUUAAUUACGCUCUUCAAAUUCUUCGUAAUAUCGCUUGUCAUCACGUUCUAUCAGCCAAUCUAUCUUAUGGGAAGCACAGGUGUAUGUCGUAUGUGAGUACAGUUGUUUGUUGGCUCUCUCCUGUGCUUCGAGGGUUUUCCUGAUUCUCCAGCUUUCCUCCCUCCGCAAAAAUCAACUCCUAAAUUC